AUGCCUCCGCGCCGCCGCCCUCCUCCCGGCUACCACGGUGUCCGGGCGCGGCCGAGCGGCCGGUUCAACGCGGAAAUCCGCUCCGGCGAGGAGCGGAUCCGCCUCGGUACGUUCGACACCGCGCACGAGGCGGCGCGGGCGUACGACGUCGUCGCCUGGCGGCUCGGCCGCUCCAGGCGGACGAUGAAUUUCCACGAUGAAUCCGAGCACCACCGCCACGCGGACCUCCGGCCAAGAACCCAUCACCAAAUAUAUGAAAAAGUCUCCGGCCGUUGGUCCUUCUACUCCAGUUCCGCCAAGUGCCUCCCACCCUACUCCUCAGCCGUCUCCUCCUCAGGCUGA